AUGGAAGUCGAGAUGGAUACCGCACAAGCGAAGGCUGAAAUGGUGAAUAAAGUUGAGAUAAGUUACAACCAACAGCCGAGUCUUUAUGAUAACAGCAAUACAGUUUCUUCUACAGAGAACAACAGUAUUCUAUUACUUUCAUCGAUAUUUUUCGUCUUAGGUUUUGUGUUCUGUCCAGGCUAUUUUUGUGUUUCAUGUAUAUGUUCUAUGAGAGAUGGGACAAAUUGUUGUGCUCGUUGGUUUGGUGCUUGUUCCUUAAUUGCUGUUGUUGUAAUCGUGCUGCUCACUUUAGUCUUCGGUAUAGCUGUCUUUGCAUUUUUCCCUGUGCCAGCCACAUCUGGAUAUGGAGAAUUUCCUGUGUGA